CAUACAAAGUGAGGAUUAUUUUUCUCUGGGGAUUCGUUUGCUUACUAGAAUCUUUUUUCAGAUCUACAGCCGACCUGCUCAUCUGUUACAGAAGAUGUCUCAAAUUUGGAAUUUGUUCCAGCCCUUCUUCAGAGCUCUGUUUCUGCUUCUUCCUUGCAGCCUGGUCACCGCAGAGAUCGGCAAUGACUUCUCCAAAUGCUCUCAUUUCUUCUAUAAUAAUAUUCCCCCACAGGGUGUCAAUGCAGCAGGAUAUCAGCCAAUAUGCCAGCGCUAUAAAAACCAGUACCACUUUGCCAGCCUGUAUGACCGUCAGCGUCGAGUGCCUUUGUUCUCUGCAUACAUACUGAGUCCUGCAGAUGGUAAACGGCCCAAACCCAUUUGGAUGUAUGAACCUCAGUUGUCAUUUUCCCGUGCCAGCCCAGAGAUGAAACCUUUCAACACUCCUGUCGACCAGAAUGUGAUUGAGAGCCAGGCGGUGCUCAACGACUACAGGAACUCCAGCUUCACCAAGGGUCACCUCAAUCCUAGUAUGCACCAGAAAACAAAAGAAGACCGAAAGGCCACCUUUACCUUGACAAACAUUGUCCCUCAGAAAGAGGGCUCCAACUCUGGACCCUGGAACAAACUGGAGAACGAGGUGUUGAAUAGUUUCAACGACUCUUGCGAGGGGCCCAUGUAUGUGAUCACUGGGGCCAUGCCUUACAAGUCUGGUGCCCACUGGAUUAAGAACAGGGUGUCUGUUCCUGAGUACAUGUGGUCUGCCUACUGCUGUCCAUCAUACAAAUCUGACCUUCCUGAGCACGUGCAGCAAUUUUUCCCCACGUAUGCUGCAGUUGGAAGAAAUGACCCCAACAGUGGCGAGGAGAUUGUGCCAAUUGAUGUGAAGGCAAAAGCCAAAAUGCGGGGCUACGAUGUGAGGAGGAUGCCAUUAAAGAACCUGGAGGGUAUCCUGGCACAAAGACUCGCCAUGCCCAUCAGUCUCUUUGAUAACCACUGUCAGAUAUAAAAGCCUUUAGCUUGACCAGACUCUCUAAUAAACUCACUGCAGCUGUUUGAUUAUGCAGGACAUGAUGGGCUGAAAUUGUUUUGGUUUUUUUUCUGCUGAAUGUCUUUGUAAAAAUGACAUUUCCCUCUUGCCGUCCUCUCAGUCAUAUUUAAUAGAGUCAUAAUUUUCCAAUGAAUCAAGACUGAAGUGUGUGAAUUUAAAUGUGAUCCAAAAGGCAAACAUACAAAUUAGCGAGCUCUCAGUUCUUUAAAAAAAAAAAA